AUGAUUCUCUCUCAGUGUUUUCAUCUGCAUCUCUCUCUCCUCGCCGCGACGGCGGCAAUGUUAAUGGUGGUUGCGGCUGCGCAGAUCGGCGGUCAAGUAUUGCAGGUGGAGCUAUGGUGCGUAGCGAAGAACAACGCCGAAGAUUCUUCUCUCCAGACGGCGAUUGACUGGGCUUGUGGUCAAGGAGGCGCCGAUUGCGGCCCGAUCCAGCAGGAUGGACCCUGCAACGACCCGGCGGAUAUCCAGAAGAUGGCGUCGUACGUUUUCAACAAUUACUACCUGAAGAAUGGCCUCGCCGACGACGCUUGCAAUUUCGACAACAACGCUGCUCUCACUUCCAUCAAUCCCAGUCAAGGAACUUGCAAAUACCCUUCGAGCAAGAGAGUGAGCAAUGGUCGAGUCGCGGAUGACACUUCAAUGGAUGCAGGACAAGCAGAUUUGAGCCAUGGCAGACAGAUUUCCAGCAGUUGGAUCUUGGCCUUCAUUGGUUAUAUCAGCAUAUUGACGAUGACACUGAUAAUUCAUCUUUAG